UUCAAAUGAUCAAGUCAAUAAUUCAAACAAUGAUGCUCAACAAAACAUUGAAGAUUCUAUUGCUCAAUCUAGCGAUUCACUUUAUAAUGUAAAUUCUAAAAUGGAUAUCUUGAUGAAGUUUCUUGAAGAACAAAACAAAAGUAUAAAAAAUGAAUUUAAAAAACAAGAUGAAGCAAAAAAUGAAAUUAAAAGUGAAAUUAACAGUGUAAAAAAUGAAAUUAAUGGUUUAAACCAAAAACUUAACAGACAAAAUGAUAAGUUUGAUGAGAAAUUUAAUGAAAUAAAAGCACAGUUUCAAACAAUAAAUCAGAAAGUUGAAUGCCAGGACAAGAAAAUUGAGAAGGUUAGGUCAGAACUAGACAAAAAAAUUACAAAACAAGAAAGUAGGUUAGAUCAAUACUGUAUGAAAAAUAACAAAGAAAUCGAAGAAAUGCAGGUCAAAACUAAAAAACUUGAGGUACAAGUAGGUCAGGUAACCGAAACAAUGAACAAAAAUACAAGUCAAUUGAAAGAUGAAAUUAAUAAUAUUAAUGAAGAGAUGGAAAAUGUUAGGGCUAGUGUUCACGAACAAUCAGCCAUGCAAAUCAAUUUAGAAGAUAGGAUCACUAAGAAUCUGAAUAUUUUGGAAGUUAGGCAGAACGAAGAAGCUGUCAAGGUCUGUGCCUUACAGUUGAAUGUAGAGAAAAACAGUGAAACAGUUGAUAAAUUACAGAAAAAAAUCUCAUCACAAGUGAACUUUGUACCGCAAGUAAAUAAUUGCUUUCCUUCUGACAAAUACGAAUUUCAAAUGUCGAUUGACAGGAGAAAUCCUAUGAACUUCAUCAAUAGCUUAACUGAAUAUUUAUCUCGUAACCAUAUUACUGAAUGGGGAAAAAUAAAAAGUAUUUUGGACAAUAAUUUGAAUAAAACUUAUCAACAACAAGAAUGGUGGGAUUUUGUAAAAACCGAUAUUGACAGUUUUGAAAGCUUCAAAAACAAAUUCAUCUCGAAGAUGUGGUCGCAAGACAUCCAGAAGAAAGCACGACAAGAACUUCAAUUUGGAAAAUACGUCAUUGGUAGUAAGUUAACUUUAAGUGAAUAUUUUAUUUCCAAAUUUAAUAUCUGUAAAAAUUUAAUUCCGGCUAUUGACAAAGACACAAUUUUUGAAAUGUUGAAAAAUCAUUACAAUGAAAAUAUAAUUACCGCUGCAAUUGUCAGAAAUGUAAAGAAUGCAGAAGAAUUUAUUAAGGUGUUGGAUGCAUUCAGUUUAUUAGAUGAAUAUCGGGUGAACAAAAAUCAAAACAAUCAAGAAAAUCAAGAUAAGAAUCAGUCAAAUGACAAUCGAAGAUUUGAUCAGGUAGGACGGAAUAAUUUUGAUAAUAGAAGAAAUAAUAACAACUUUCAAAGAUCAGGUUAUCAACAACGUCAGGAAGAUCGGAAGAGCUCAACAAAAUGUUAUCUCAAAAAAUCAUUGAACCAGGCUGUUCUGAAUACACUAAUCCAAUGGUUGUAGUUAAAAAACCGAAUAAUAGUAUCAGAUUGUGCUUAGACGGUAGGGAAGUAAAUAAAUUCAUAUUGAGAGAUUACACUGAGCCAGAACCGAUUGAUAGCUUAUUAAUAAGAUUCAACCAAUGUAAUUAUAUAACAAGUUUAGAUCUAACUCAAGGUUUUAAUCAGGUAAAAUUAGAUGAAGACAGUAAAAAAUUUGUAGCAUUUAACGUAUUUGGACAAGUAUAUCAAUACACGCAUCUUCCAUUUGGACUCAAUAUCAGCUCAUCUGAAUUCAUAAAAUGUUUGUAUAAAAUAUUAGGAGAAGAUGUUUGUCAAUUCAUUAUCGCCUAUGUCGACGACUUAGCUAUUUGUAGUAAAACACUUGAGGAACAUAUUCAAAGACUUGAUCUCUUAUUUAAAAGAUUGAAAGAAGGUAAUUUAACGUUAAAGUUGGCUAAAUCUAAGUUAAUUGCAGAUAAAAUAAAAUAUUUAGGAUAUGUAAUAAGUAAGGAAGGAAUUGAACCGGAUCAAGACAAGUUAAGAGUAAUUAAAGAUUUUCCAGAACCCAGUAAUUUAAAACAACUUCAAUCUUUUCUUGGAUUUUGUAAUUAUUAUAGAAAAUUUCAAAAGAACUAUUCGUACUUAACAGCUGAAUUUAAGCAUCUAUUGAAUAAAAAUAAAAAAUUUAUUUGGACUGAUAAGGAAAGAAAAGUAUUUAAUGAAAUAAAAGAAAAAUUCAUUGAUUGUGUAAUGCUCAGACAUCCUGAUUACAAUAGAGAAUUUAUUAUGAGUACUGACUGUAGCGAUAUAGGUAUAGGUGUGGAAUUAUUCCAAGAGAAUAAUGAGAAGGAACAUGAAGUGAUAGCUUAUGCUAGCAGGAGUUUAAAUAAGAGUGAAUUAAAUUAUUCUAUUUGUGAAAAGGAGUGUUUAUCAGUAUUGUUUGGUUUGCAAAAAUUUCAGAAUUACUUUGGAGAUCGUAAAAUAAUAGUAAGAACAGACCAUAAAGCAUUAACCUUUAUGAAAAAAUGUAAAGUAGGACACAGUAGAAUGGGCAGAUGGAUUUUAGCAUUGCAAAAUUAUAAUAUUGAAUGGGAAUAUAUCCCAGGUAAAGAAAACAUUGUAGCUGAUAUAAUUUCAAGAACCGACUUUGAGGGAAAUUUAGAGGUACGUAAUUCAAAUGAAUAUAAAGUUUUUAAUAUUAUUAAAAGUGAUAAGCCCAUGAAUGAAAUAAUUAAGAAAAUAAAAAAUACACAGUAUACUGAUCCAUGGAUAAAUAAGAUAAAAGAUAAAGUAGAAAUGGGUAACGUUCAAAUUUGUAAAUACUUCACUGUCCAUGAAGACUUAUUGUUCUGUAGAAAAACUACUAAAAAUAAUUAUUGGAAAUUGUGUGUGCCUUCUGCACUUUAUGAAGAUUUAAUUAUGGAAACACAUUAUAGACAAGGUCAUGUAGGUAUUUCUAAAGUUUGUAGAUUUUUGCAAGAAACAUUUUAUAUUAAAGAUUGCUAUAAAAUGGUAACGAAAACUAUUAAGUAUUGUAAGUAUUGUCAGUUGGUAAAAACUUCAAAUGAGAAAAAGUUACUCGAUAUGCACACUAUCAUUUCUGAGAAAAAGAAUAGCAAAAUAUUUAUAGAUGUAUAUGGUGAAUUACCAGGAGGUCGAUAUAAAUGGAUGUGUAUAAUAUUAGAUGGGUUCACAAAGCAUGUAAAAUUAUAUCCGUUAGUAAGAGCAAAUAGUAAGACUUUAAUUAAAAAAGUAGAAGAAUACAUAAAAGAAUUUGGUAAAUUUGAAUACAUCAUCAGUGACAACGGUACCUGUUUUCAAAGUAGAAUAUGGAAGUCAGAAAUGGAGCGUCUGGGAAUCAAACCUUACUACAUUUCUAUGUACCAUCCUCAAGCUAAUCUGAGUGAGCGGCCGUUAAAGGAAGUAAACAGGAUCUUACGCACCUAUGUUCCAAAGGAGAAGCAUAAUACUUGGUACAAACAUCUUGAUAAGGCAGAAUACAUCAUUAACUGUAACUUUCAUGAAACAACAGGACAGAUUCCAGUAGAGAUGAUGAUGAAUAAAAAAUUAGGUCAUUUAGUUUUCAAAAGUAUUAGAUUUCCUCCUGAUAAUAAAUUUGAACUUGAACCCGAAGAACUUAGAAAUAGAAGAGUAUUAAUUAAUAUAAAAAAUAAAGGAGUAAUCAGAAGAUUUAAACAGAAUAUGAGAAAUAAAAAUCCAUGUAAAAUCAAUGUAGGUGAUCAAGUCUUGAUAAAAAAUUACAUUCUAUCUAACAAAUUGAAGAAAAUAUCUGCGAAACUGUGUGCAAAAUAUAAGGGACCGUAUGUUGUAGUAAAAGAUUUAAGAAAGGGUUGUUAUGAACUUGAAGAAAUAAAAACUGGAAAAAUUUUGAAAGUAAAUAAGUUUAUGAUGAAGCGUUUUUACCAUAAAGAUGAUUAAUUUUUCUAAACUUACGUGAUCAAUGGCUUGAGAAUCAUUCUAAAAUAAAAAA